UUAUUUUGAAAGGACAACAUGGUCUGAUUUCUGGCGUUUCCCGGCUCGAGUCUGCGCAAUAGGAAGGAAUUAUGGUUCUCAGGAGAAGUUGUAGUUGUUUUUCGUUUUGAGCUUGUUUGGCAGAUGACGUGUUCUGUCUUUGGCUGUUUAUACGAGACCUGCAGUGACUUUCAGUUUAUGUUAAAGAGUCGGUUAAUCUGCUCAUCUCUGUGUUACCUGUGUCCUGACAGCGUUUGUUCUCGUAGAAAGCCAUGGCGGACUGUGAAGAUCAGAAAUUCUCCCUAAUGGAGGUCCUCGACACUUUCAAACUGUGUGUGUCGGAACAGAAGGAAGUUUACCUACAGAAUUAUGUCGAGGGAUGGCGUGGACUUGUCAAGUUUCUGAACAGCUUAGGGAGCGUCUUUGGCUUUAUCUCCAAGGAUGUUGUGAACAAAAUCCAGAUCCUGGUCAACUACCUGAAUGGGGAAAACGGGUCACAGUACAUCACCAUCCAGUCAAUGGUUAAAUAUGAGCUUGAUAAUGAACUUGUGGACAUGACCAAGAGAGGACGCCAGCCAGAGUCAGGCUCCCGUACUCUGCUGAGGCUCCACCGUGCACUCCGAUGGCUGGAGCUCUUUCUGGAACGUCUCCGCACCAGCACUGAAGACAGCAAGACAUCUGUCCUAUGUUCAGAGGCCUACAACGAGUCCCUGGCCAAACAUCACCCUUGGGUGGUCCGCAAGGCUGCAGGCAUGGCAUUCUGUGUGCUGCCUGGCCGUCCCGCUUUUUUUGAGGUGAUGAACGUGGGCCCCCCAGAUCAGGUGGUGGCCGUGCUGGGAGAGGCUGUGCCGCUGAUCUCUGAAGUGUACACCAUCACAGAGGAGCUCUACACACAACAUAACCUGUUAGAUUUACCAUAGACAAGAUGAUACUGUAGGUUUACAUUUGACCUAAAAAUGCAUUGUAUGAUUACUGUAAUCCAUGACCCAUGGUCAUGUGCUGCUACAUCUACUUGGUUUUUAUCUGUUGUAUAUGGUAUUGGGCACAAAUCGUAAUUUAACUGACUGUACCUAGUACAUUAGUAGAUUUUUACACAUAACUGAUUUGAAUGUAAUGUUGCAUGUUUGCAUUUAUCCAAUGCACGUGAAUCAUUGUUUAUGUUAAAGUCUUAGAUUCAGAAGGAACAAUGGGAAUGUCAUUAGUUUGUUUAAACUCCUCAUCUGUAUUUAUUAUUUUAAAUAUAAGAUAAUAAUGUAGGGUGGUGGAAAUGAGCCCCACGAUACAUUGAGGGUUUGAUCUUGUGCUGUUAUUAGUUUUUUCUUUUUUAAAAGAACCAAAUUUUAGUGUAAGUUAUUAUAUAAAUAUAAAAACCACAGAAGAGCCACAUAUAUUCACAUACAAUGUAGUGGAAUCUUACUUUAAAACAAAGAUUAAACUCAA